GUCUUCUGCGUCACAGGCGCGCGCUCACGUCACGUCUGCGUCCGUGUAUGUAUAUUUGGACUCGGUGCCGCGGCUCGUGUUUUACCGGGUAAAGAGGAGCGGACCGAUUGCCGCUUGCUGCAGUGGAGUGUGUGUUUCAGUUUUCCUGUCACAGACGUGUGUGCCUCGUGUGUGUGUGUGUGUGAGAGAUGGUGAUGGAGAAGCCCAGUCCCCUGCUCGUAGGACGUGAGUUUGUGCGUCAGUACUACACGCUCCUGAAUAAAGCUCCAGAUUACCUGCACAGGUUUUACGGCCGCAGCUCCUCGUAUGUCCACGGCGGUCAGGACAGCACUGGGAAGCCGCAGGAGGCGGUGUACGGUCAGGCGGAGAUCCAUAAGAAGGUGAUGUCGCUGCAGUUCAGUGAGUGCCACACUAAGAUCAGGCACGUGGAUGCCCAUGCGACGCUGGGGGACGGGGUGGUGGUGCAGGUGAUGGGCGAGCUGUCCAACAGCGGCCGGCCCAUGAGGAGGUUCAUGCAGACCUUUGUGCUCGCUCCAGAGGGCUCUGCUCUCAAUAAGUUCUAUGUGCACAAUGACAUCUUCUGCUAUGAAGAGGAGGUGUUUGGAGACUCGGAGGCUGAGCUGGGAGAGUCUGAGGAAGAGGAGGAUGAGGAAGAGCAGGUGGAGACUCCUGCUUCCCCUGACCCAGCUCUGGACCGGCCCAGCAGCAGCAUCUACUACGAGCCGCCGGCACCCAUCAGCAACGGAUUCGAGGAGCAGCAGGAGGAGGAGGCGGUGCCUGAGGCGGAGCCAGAGCCCCAGCCUGAGACCAAUCAGGAAACGGAGGCGGAGCUUAACCCAGAAGCAGAGCUGCAAUCAGCUGAGGCAGAGCUAGAGGAGGAGGAGGAGGAGAAACUGUCGGAGGAGGAGAGAGGCUCCACCCCCGACCUCGCUCUGACUCCACCCCCUCAGACCCCAGAACCACCCAAGGCCUUCUCCUGGGCUCUGGUGACCAGUAAGCAUCUUCCUCCGGCCGGCUCUGGAGUCUCUCCUCUCAUGGUGAAAGCGUCCUGUGUUCAGCCGCGGGUGGAGCACAAACAGGACACAAAGUCGUCAUUACCCAGAGAUCAGCAGCGCGACAGACCAGGCUUCCCUCCACGAGCACCACGGACAGGCCGCGGUGACGGUGAUGCCGGUGAUACAGAGGGCCGCCGAUUCAUUCGUUAUCCAGACAGUCAUCAGCUCUUCGUUGGAAAUCUUCCUCAUGACAUCGAUGAGGGCGAGUUGAAAGACUUCUUCAUGACAUUUGGGAACGUGGUGGAGAUGAGGAUCAACACCAAAGCCGUCGGAGGGAGGCUGCCCAACUUUGGUUUCGUGGUUUUCAAUGAUUCUGAGCCGGUGCAAAGGAUUCUGGGAGCCAAGCCCAUCAUGUUCAGUGGAGAGUUGCGUCUGAAUGUAGAGGAGAAGAAGACCAGAGCGAGUCGCGAGUGGGAGACCAGAGGAGCGGUGGAGGGCCGGCGUGGGCCCCGGGGACCCCUGGGAAACAGCACUGGCCGAGUGUCCUCCAGGGGAGGAACGAGCCGCUUCACAGGCCCUCGCCGCUGACCCUCCUCUGAUCCUGCUGUCCUCUCACGACCUGCUGUCGAAGACUCUCAGACUCACCUGCGCUGAGAUCAUCCUGCUUUUCUUUCUCUUACACCUCACCAUUGCAAAGAAGAACGGGACAGUGUGAUCUGUUUCCUGUAGAACAGAAGCUGAAUGUCACAAAGGGUUUCCUCACAGAACUGGAUGAGCGGCAGCGCUUCAUCCAUCAGUGAUCAGUGCACACUUAUUUAUUUUCCUAGUAAAUAAAACAUUGGUGGUGCCUUAACUCGA